CCACUUUCGCUUUCACUCUCUUUCACUUUCUCCUUACCGCUUCAUCUCUAUUUGUACCUUUUUACUUUAGGCUCAAAAAUAAUAAUAAUUUUUAUUUAAUAUCAAUAGCUGUCUUAAUAUUCACUCUGUUGAACGAGUAUUUCCUAAAAGGGAAGCUGUAACCAGAUCGUACCCAGCAUAAAAGAGCCAAAAAAAAUAAAAAUUAAAUAGAUAAUUGCAUUCUAUCUUUGUAACAAGAAAGAAAUAUAUAGAAUAUGACCCUCUACAAUAUCCCACAUAUAGUUGAUCCUGGUAAUCACGAAGAUGUCCAAUAUUUCGCAGACCCACUGCCACGCAUUUCAGCCAAUACAAGCCCUUUUCAAUCAACCCAAUUUUCACAGCCACUUGCUCCAGACAACCUUAUACCCCUUACCCCACGCUCAUAUUACCAGCAACACCACCAGCACCAGCACCAGCACCAGCACCAGCACCAGCACCACAGCCACCAAAAUCAGCAUCAGCAUCAGCAUCAACAUCAACAGAACCAACACUACCAACACCACACCCACUUGCAAAAAAGAGAUCGCAACUCUCGUCCUAUCCAGAUCUCUAAUUUUGGCAUGUAUACAUCGUUUGCCAUGGAUUGCCACCCUGACCUGGAGUCUCCGACCGAAUCCUACUGCCGACAGGCCCCUGAAGUUGGCAGUAACGAGGCUUUAGACAGAGACAACUUUCUACUUUCAAACCGGCACCACCCAACCACAAACCAGAACCUCCCUGUCCAGUCACUCCCGCCUUACUGGCAAAUUUCUGAUUGCGCAAUGGACAACUCAUUCGCAGAUCUUCAUUCACAAGAGAUGAACACAACCGAACGUGGUAUUGCUGGGUUUGUCUCAAAACUUUAUCAAAGUUUACAGGCGCCAGAUGAGGGGCAGAAAUACGCCCACUGGUGUAAUCACAACGGGGUAGACAUGUUUAUAAUAGAAUGCAUACCAAAAUUCACAGAAAAUGUCCUGCCUAAGCUAUUCAAGCAUUGCAAGUUUGCGUCUUUUGUGCGACAACUCAAUAUAUAUGGUUUUCAGCGGGAUACAGACGCUAGAAAAUCAAAAGAUAGUAAGGAUAAGGAAACUUGUCGAUGGUAUCACCCAUACUUCCGCCCAGGUCGGCGCGAUCUAUUUUAUCUCAUCCGUCGCAAAACUCCUCGGUACUCUCGAAGAAAGCGAGUCAAGGCUGCAGAGGAUGUGGAAACCAUAAUUAAUGUAGAAUCAGGAGAUGAAUCCGGGACAGAGGUGGAUUACGGCAGCCAUGCCAAUGAAAUCUCAGGCAACGAAGGAGGCUCGAGAAGAUCGCCUUCUUCGGAUAGAUUGUCGGGGACUGCGCUACAGCCAUCUGGGCUGGAGUUUGAGAGUCAGGUAGAAGGAACACAGCUAUUCCGUCAAGGGUCCUGCCCGGAACUUAUUUCCCAAGAUACUCGAUCUUUGAGUGCGCCUCACAGCGUACCAGACACAGACAUCAAUAUAGGGUCUGAUUCAAUGAUGCUACUACAAUAUACUCCGGCUCAACACAAGCCAGCUAGCCUAACGUUUCGGGAAUUACAGCUGUGCAAACAAGUGAUCUAUCAAAAACGGACGUAUGAAGCAAUGCAGCACGCUUUUACUACUCAGAUGCAGGAGACUCACAGCAAAUUAGAAGCACAGCAAGCACAAAUUGAUGAUCUGUGUGCAGCGAUUCAAUCGAUGGACCAAAGCCAGGAGCAGAUAAUAAAACAAAACACGAUUUGCGGAACAACCAAUCCCACAAUUGGAACAAGCUCUACAGCCUAUGUGGGUCAGCCGACUACAGACGACUGCACAAUGACCUCUACAGACACAGUCACCGCGGCUACAGUUACAGCCUCCACGGCAAAUUCGCAUUAUCCACAGUCGGUGAAAAUUGGAUAUUUACCAAAACACCACUCUGAAAAUAUGAAACAUGAAUCAACUAUUCAGUCAAGACCAUCACACAUUACUCUUACCGAACCUGUUCCGCUGUCAUCAUACGAUGUCUACACCCCUCUGUCCGAUUUUACUCCCUUUCAGACCAUGGCUGAUUCACCUUUUGGUGGCCAAGCUAAUAGUGUCCAUUUCAGAAGCCAAGCAAGCGGGUCCACUAUUGUGCCUGCUAAACAAAAUAGCUCGUCUCCCUCUCCUCCCUCUCCUCCUCCAUAUCAACACCAAGCUUCUUGGCCUAUCCAGUCUACGCAGUGCGUAGUCAGUAAUGCUUCUCGAAUCGCAACUGCUGCAGCCAUGACAGCAGCAGCAACCACAAAUUCCAAUAUAUCCACUAAACUCGAAGUCUCAAUGACCCCAAAUAUACACACCAACUGCUUAUAAACAUCAAGAAAAAAAAUCACCCACACUCUUUACAGAGUUAAUUUAAUUUGAAUUUUUUUCACAGUGGAUAAUAAUCCUCCUUUCUCCUUUCACCUCCCACUUUGCAUUUUGUUAUUAAAAAAAAACUAUUUGGUACAAC